GCAACUAUUACAAUAGAGGCAGACAUCAUCUCUGGUGAUUUCCUUUUAUUUUGUGGUCCCAUGUUUAAGAAUUGGGGCAUUUGUGAUCUUGAUUUCAUGAGAAGCUAUUAAUGUACUUGAGCUGCUCUCACUUUCUCUCAAAGGAUAAGGAUCCUCUCUCUCUCUCUCUCUGGCGCUAGGUGUCUCUCUUGAUAUCUCUAGGGAUGACCAUGGAAGUAAGUGGUGGAACAUUAUCGGACCUGUACCAAAGCUCAAAGAGGCUAUUGCUGAAGACUAGAGAUGGUCUGGAGAGGCUCGAAAGACUCGAAUUCUCGGCAUCCUCGUCCAAUGCGAGCAUCGAUUCUCCGGAGCUUUCCUUUGCCGUCAAGAGGGACAUCGUUCAGAUCCAGUCUCUCUGUGUCGAGAUGGACCGCCUCUGGCGCUCCGUUGCCGCCAAGUCACAGCGCGAUCUUUGGAAAAGGAAAGUGGAACAAGUAGCUGAAGAGGCUGACUCAUUGAAAGAUAGUCUGGAUAAGUACUUCUUGCGGAAUCAAAGACGGGUGCAAGAAGCCCAAGAGAGAGCAGAAUUGCUUGGAAGAGCUAAUGGGGAAUCCUCUCAUAUUUUGAGAAUUUUUGAUGAGGAGGAGCAAGCAAUGCGGUCUGCGCGCAACUCAUCCAGGAUGCUGGAAGAAUCUCUUGCAACUGGAGUGGGCAUCCUCGGCAAGUAUGCCGAGCAAAGAGAUCGCUUGAAGGGAGCUCAACGGAAAGCGUUGGAUGUACUUAAUACUCUGGGGCUGUCAAAUUCUGUAAUGCGGCUUAUUGAGAGGCGGAAUCGUGGUGAUAAAUGGAUUAAAUAUACGGGCAUGGCAUUGACAAUCAUCAUCCUUAUCGUCUUUUGGAGGUGGACCAGGUGAUACUACAUUUCUUUUUGUUUGCUGUCAGUGUCUACUAUGUACCUGGAAGUUUAUUGUGGUUGAAAGAGAUCAUUCUAUCAGAAUUCAUAGAGCAAGUUGUGUCAUUCGGAGAUUUUGUCCAAAGGAUUGACCAAGUAGUGUUUCUUGGAUUCUACUAGAAAAGUGUAGGUAAAAAAGAGAAAAAGGGAUUGGGAAUUGAAAAGGAGGGGGGGAUUAUCUGAGAUGGUUGAGGCGGGUUUAUAUUUUGGCCUUCGAUUUUGAAGUGUGGACCGAUCUAUUUGCAUGGCGAUGGAUUGUCAUCUCGACUUACAGAUUGUUAUUUACUUUCACGUGAAGAUAUAAGUUUUUAUGGUACUGUUGUUCAUGUAUCAAUAAAGCUGUCGAAAACAAGUUAAAUUGUUA